UCCGAGGACUUCUUCUGCCUCUUCUCUGAGCAGCCAUGACAGGAUGUCCACAGUCACCACUUCCACCAGCUCCAUGUCGGUCAACACAGACUGCUCGGACAGCGAGCGCCCGGUGAGUGUCGCCUCCUCGGGCUCCCUGCCGGAUUGGCGCGGUGCUGAUGGGACCCCUCCCCCGGGCACCCAUGCCCCAGAUGCUGGGCUCCCGGCAGAGGAGUGUGUGCGGGUGGAGCUGGCACCUCCCCUCCGGGCGCUGAAGGCUGACCGGGUGUGCAACAACAACAACAACAUCAUUCCGGGUCGGAGGACCCCCGAUGGCAGCUACCACCAGGUCCCCUUGUCUCCCAUAGCGACCAGGGCCAUGGCCCCCAACCCCAAGCUGUCGUACGUGGACAGGGUCGUCAUGGAGAUAAUUGAGACUGAGCGGAUGUAUGUGCAGGAUCUGCGAAGCAUCAUUGAGGACUAUCUUGGUUAUAUCAUUGAUGCUGUGGACCUGCCUAUCCGUCCCGAACAUGUCUCUGCCCUGUUUGGAAACAUUGAGGACAUCUAUGAGUUUAACAGUGACCUGCUGCAAGACCUUGAUAGCUGUCACCAUGACCCUGUGGCCAUUGCCAGAUGCUUUGUGGACAAGAGUCAAGAUUUUGAUAUCUACACCCAAUACUGUACCAACUACCCCAACUCUGUGGCAGCGCUGACUGAAUGCAUGAGGAACAAGAUCCUGGCCAAAUUCUUCAGGGAGCGUCAGUCCACUCUGAAACGCAACCUCCCACUGGGCUCUUACCUGCUGAAGCCUGUUCAGAGGAUCCUCAAGUACCAUCUGCUGCUGCAGGAAAUAGCAAAGCACUUUGAUGCCAACCAGGAGGGUUAUGAGGUGAUUGAAGAAGCUAUUGACACCAUGACAGGUGUGGCCUGGUACAUCAAUGACAUGAAGAGGAAACAUGAGCAUGCCAUCCGGUUACAGGAGGUACAGAGCUUGCUGAUCAAUUGGAAUGGACCAGAUCUGACAACAUACGGAGAGUUGGUCCUGGAAGGAACAUUCCGGAUACACCGAGCCAAAAACGAACGCACUUUAUUCCUGUUUGACAAAAUUCUGCUGCUGGCCAAGAAAAGAGGAGAGCACUUCAUUUACAAGACCCACAUUAUGUGUUCCGCACUGAUGUUAAUUGAAAGCACCAGAGACUCUCUUUGCUUCGGAUUGUCUCAUUACAAGAACCCAAAGCAGCAGCACAAUGUCCAGGCAAAGACAGUGGAAGAAAAGCGUCUCUGGACACAUCACAUAAAGAGGCUAAUUCUAGAGAAUUAUCAUGCCAUCAUUCCACAGAAGGCCAAGGAAGCCAUCUUGGAAAUGGAUUCCUACUAUCCUUCCAAGUACCGGUACAGCCCGGAAAGAUCCAAAAAAUCCAUGACCACU